UAUACGUCACAGUAACCCGGAAGUGCAGUGACAACUCUUGUCAAAAAUCGUUUAUCCCUUGCGUGGAACUGCGAAACAAAGGGCAGCCGCAGGUUGUGUCCGCCAGAAAGCAGCUGUAUAGAGAGAAUGAAGAGUCCGACAGAAAGUCUACUGCAAUGCAGAUUGGGGACCUAAAGCUUGCCAAAAAGCUCAGGCUUUGGACAGACAUGCAGUACUGACACACCUACAGACAGAGAGACCUGACGGACAGAGUCCAGCUGGCUAGCUGAAAGCGGAACAGAUGCGCGAGGGACUUUGAUCUAGGGUGCCCGUAGCUUUUUGGAGUGUGGACACUGUGGCAUUGGAUUCAUCUCUGUUCGGCUCUUCGUACACCAGGUGUUGUUUGACUGGUGGCCAACUUGACUGAUUGUUGGCGCUCGCUUUCUCUACAUACUGCAACCCUGGCUGGUGCUCUGGCCCCAUUCAGGUUUUCUCUGCAUCAAGGAAAUGUCUAGAGUCCCAAGCCCCCCUCCCCCAGCGGAAAUGUCCAGCGGCCCUGUGGCUGAGAGCUGGUGUUACACUCAGAUCAAAGUGGUGAAGUUCUCCUACAUGUGGACCAUCAACAACUUUAGUUUCUGUCGUGAAGAGAUGGGAGAGGUCAUCAAAAGCUCUACUUUCUCCUCGGGAGCCAACGACAAACUCAAAUGGUGCUUGCGUGUGAAUCCCAAAGGUCUGGAUGAGGAGAGCAAAGACUAUCUAUCACUUUACCUGCUCUUGGUUAGCUGCCCGAAAAGUGAAGUACGCGCCAAGUUUAAGUUUUCUAUCCUCAAUGCCAAGGGAGAAGAGACCAAAGCCAUGGAGAGCCAGAGGGCAUACCGUUUUGUCCAGGGAAAGGACUGGGGUUUCAAAAAGUUCAUAAGGAGGGACUUCCUAUUGGAUGAGGCCAAUGGCCUGCUGCCUGAUGACAAACUGACACUUUUUUGUGAGGUGAGUGUGGUGCAGGACUCUGUGAACAUCUCAGGCCAAAGCACUAUGAACAUGGUCAAGGUUCCAGAUUGCAGGUUAGCUGAGGAGCUCGGAGAUCUAUGGGAAAGCUCAAGAUUCACUGACUGCUCCCUUUGUGUUGCUGGGCAGAAAUUCCAGGCGCACAAAGCCAUCUUGGCAGCCCGUUCACCAGUGUUCAGUGCCAUGUUUGAGCAUGAGAUGGAGGAGAGUAAGAAGAAUCGUGUGGAGAUAAAUGACGUGGAGCCAGAUGUCUUCAAAGAGAUGAUGUGCUUCAUCUACACAGGCAAGGCUCCCAACCUGGACAAGAUGGCUGAUGACCUGCUGGCUGCAGCUGACAAGUAUGCUCUCGAGAGGCUGAAGGUGAUGUGUGAAGACGCUCUGUGCACAAGUCUGUCUGUGGAAAACGCCGCAGAAAUCCUCAUCCUUGCUGACCUGCACAGUGCCGACCAGCUCAAGACGCAGGCUGUGGACUUCAUCAACUACCAUGCAGCUGACGUGAUGGAGACGACAGGUUGGAAGUCCAUGGUGGUCUCUCACCCUCACCUGGUAGCAGAGGCCUAUCACUCUCUGGCCUCAGCCCAGUGCCCCUUCCUGGGUCCCCUCAGAAAACGCCUCAAACAGUCGUAGAAGUGCAGAUAGAUGCUUCUUUUCUAACCCUGCUGCGUCCUCCUGUACCAGUGACCUCAAUGCUCCUCUCACUCCCAAUGCAUCCAGAGAUCCUGACUCUCAGGACUUGGCUAGGCAUGGCUAGGGGAGCUACUCAUCUGGGCAGACCAGAGAAUUACAGUACUCAUGCCACAGAGGAGGUACUACACAUCUCAUUAAGUGGGGAUGGGGUAAAGUCUGUAAGAUCUGAACCUGAAUAUGAAGCCCAGACCCUCACAUAUUCCCUUAGUUUACAGACUUGGAAAGCUAGAACAGUAUUCUGGGACACAGUCAUGAAAAAAUGGCUGGAAAUUAAAAAGUCACUGUUUGUUCCCUGUAAAAACAGUUUUGUGAAGUAUUGUCUUCUACAGCAUCCCAAGUGUUAAAGCCCAAACUGUGCUGGUAAAAAGACAAGUGAAGAUGAUCAACUAACCAGAAACUGAAGGACUAUUGUUCCCAUUGUUGAUGAUUUAAACAGUAUUUGUGCAAAGCCUUGUUUUUCUAGAGCAUAAACAAUUUUUAAAAGAAAGAAGACAAAUCUGAACAUGUUUUAAUGUUCACUGUUUAGCCUGUGUCUUAACCCGGACAGGUACUGUACAGAUCAAGCCAGAUUUUAGCUCUGAACUAGUUGUGAGUGACUAAUUUUAGAAUCGAGAUUAAUUUUGCCAGAUCAGCUGUCAUUGGAUGUGCAGUGUCAAGGGCAGUCCAGCCGGACCAGUCAGCGAUCUGUCAACGUUAGAUUUCUGGACGAUCAGAAAUUUAGUUUGACUGCCUUGCACUUUGAGAAGUUCCACGGUCCAGUUCUCCACAUUAUCCUUUUCAAAAAAACCUGUUAUAAACUGUAAUGAGCUUGUCUUAAUGCUACUGUUGUAGUAUUUUACAGGUUGUGCCUAAAACCAGUCUUGACUGAGACUGCUAUGAUGUAAAACUGGACUUCGCUGCAGAACGGAUUGACUUUUUCCUCCCAGCCAGCUCACUUUUCGUUGAUGGAAUUGUGCAAAUAAAUAUUGCCUUUCUCUUUUUGUGUCAGCAUUGUUCAGGUUGUCUGCAGGGCUUGAAAAGAAUUCAAUGUAGCCGCUUUAGCAAAAAAAAAAAAAAAA